GCCUGGUGGAAGAGAAAAGGUCAGCUAGACAGUUCAACCCAUCCCCAAACCCGCAGUGGGCUCAAGCUGUCAGCGCGCCUACUGGUUAGAAAAACUCAAGUUUCGAUUUCCCCACAAUCAAGGAAUCCGGAGGAGUUAAAAGGGCUGACUCAAGCAGUUUCCUGCGACCAUUGGGAAACCCACACUGUAGCCAGGCUUCCUGCUCUAGGCCUACGACUGGAACACCACCCGAUCCAGACCUGCAGGAUUUGUACCAGACGCUGAGAGUUCCGGAAGGAAAAGAUUCGUGGCUGUUUGCAAGGUCUGCUUUUCAAGGCAGCCAGGGGAAGCAGAGCGAGUGAACUGAGUUCUUUCUGGCAGCUUGGAAGGGAUGAGAGCCCGGCAUAUGAAUAGAUCGAUUGGUAGAUGCAGACCGAUGGGCAGAGGAUGGAGAGCACUGGGAGACAGGACGAGAAGGGGACCAACAUGGAGACAAAUCCCUCCUCAGUGGUGUCACAGUCUCACCCAGACUUAGUCAUCCAUGUAAAAGAAGUGACUUUUGGGGAAGAAAACCGAAAGAAAAUGGACUCGAAGAAGAGAAAACGGGAGAAGACAAGCAUUGCAGUGGCUGCCUGUGCUCUGUUAAACUCCGGAGGUGGAGUGCUUGAGAUACAAAUGGCCAACAACAGUGAUCGUCCUGUGGAGAUGGGACUGGAUUUGGAAGAGUCCUUGAGAGAUCUUAUCCAGUCUUCUGAUCUUCAAGCUUUCUUCGAGACCCAGCAACGAGGGAACAAGUUUUACAUUUUUGUUAAGUCUUGGAGCUGCAGCCCUGAAGACAGUCCUGCUAAGCCCCGCAUUUGCAGCCAAAAUUCUUCCUUGUGCCGUAGAUCAGGAACAUCUGUGGUUACCAUUACUUCAACAGAGGCAUUCACAUUUCUAAAGGGUAAGAAGAGUACCAAGUGUAGUCUGUCUGAUGAAGGAGCUAUGCCUCAGAAUAGCCUUGAAUCAAAUCCUGCUUUUGAAAUUUUCCAAAGUAAGAAACUUGAAUAUGGUCAAACCUUGCUUUUCCCUGAAUCUGAAUCCAUAGAGUUUAAACAAUUCUCUACAAAAAACGCUCAAGACUAUAUAAAAAAUACAAUUCCAGAGUAUGUCUGUGCGUUUGCAAACAGCUAUGGAGGCUACCUUUUCAUUGGGGUGGAUGAUAAAAGCAAGAAGGUCCUGGGAUGCCCAAAAGACAAUGUUGACCGAAGCUCUUUGGAAACAGUGGCAAAUGAAGCAAUAUCCAAGCUACCAGUUUUCCAUUUUUCUUCAUGUAAAGAAGAGGUGUCUCAUGAGACCAGAGUCAUAGAUGUGUUUCACAAGGGGAAUUUGCAUGGUUAUCUCUGUGUGAUCAAAGUGGAGCCUUUCUGCUGUGCAGUGUUCUCCAAACCUCCCACUUCAUGGAUGGUGGACAAGAAGAAAGGUAUCUACAGCCUGACCACCAACCAAUGGGUAGACAUGAUGGUGGAUGCUGGUCCAGAGGCAGCUUCCAGUCAGCCAUCAGGUCUCCGUAACCUGUGUGAAGACUUUGAGUGUCAGCUGAGUCUCUCCAACAGCCCCCCAUGCUGCAGACCAGUAUAUUCUAAGAAAGGACUGGAGCAUAAAGCCGAUCUCCAAAAGCAUUUAUUUCCAGUGUCACCAGGAUGUUUGACAUAUACUCCUGGAUCCCUCUGGGGGGAGCUGGAGAAGAAUAAGAAACUAAAGGACUUAAUAAGCCAGCAAAUGCACUCUGUCCACUGUGGUUUGCUGAUCCUCUCUAGGAGCUGGGCUGUGGACCUGGACUUGGAGGAGAAGCAGGGAGUCAUCUGUGAUGCCCUGCUGAUUGCAGAGCAGAGCUCCCCCAUCCUCUACACCAUCCUUGAGCAGCAGGAUGAGGGGGGGCAGGACUACUGUACCCGCACCGCCUUUGCUCUCAAGCAGAAGCUAGUGAACACCGGUGGCUACACUGGGAGGGUGUGUGUCAUGACCAAAGUUCUUUGCCUGAGUUCCAAGAGCAAUGGAGACACCAGCGGGGAGUCAGCCCCUUCUAUAGAUUACCCACCCUCCUAUAACCUUGCAAACACCCAGGAAAUGGAAACCUUGCUGCAGGCCCUCGUGAUUGUCUUGCUCAACUUCAGAUCUUUCUUAAGUGACCAGCUUGGCUGUGAAGUUUUGAAUCUUCUCACAGCCCAACAGUAUGAGAUAUUCUCAAAAAAUCUCCGCAAACACAAGAAACUGUUUGUGCACGGCUUGCCGGGGUCAGGGAAGACAAUCAUGGCCAUGAAGAUCAUGGAAAAGAUCAGAAACACAUUCCAUUGUGAAGCAAAUAGAAUUCUCUACAUCUGUGAAAAUCAGCGUUUGAGGGACUUGAUCAGGGCAAAAAAUAUUUGCCAGGCAGUGACCCGGAAAGCUUUCAUGAAAGGCGAGUUUGAAACAAUCCAACACAUCAUUGUUGAUGAAGCCCAAAAUUUCUAUGCUAAAGAUGGUGACUGGUAUAAGAAAGCAAGACUCAUCACUCAGAAAAAGAAAACGCAUCACGGAAUUUUCUGGAUCUUUCUGGACUAUUUUCAGACCACCCACACUCAUAAGAGUGGCCUUCCACGUUUUUCAAGCCAGUAUCCAAAGGAUGAGCUCACAAGAGUGGUACGCAAUGCAGAUAAAAUAGCCGAGUUCUUACAAGAGGAGUUACAGAUAAUCAGAAAUAAACCUUCACGAAAGAUCUCUGCUGGGGCUCUGGAGAUACUCAAUGAACUUACCUGGGCUAGCGGCGUAUCAGGCAGCUGUAAGCUCAGAUACUUGAGCUUGAAAGAAAUGGUGAGCUAUGUAGCAGAAGAAUGCAAUAAUUUCCUGAGGAAUGGCUAUUCUCCCCAUGAGAUCGCUGUGCUUUUCAGCACAGAAAAGGAAAAGGAUACAUAUAAAGAUAAGUUCCUGAGCGGAAUGAGGAAGAGGAGAGUGUCUCAGGUGGAUGAUACAUUUGUCUAUUCUACUGACAUGUUUGACAGCAUCCGUCGAUUCUCGGGCCUGGAAAGAAGCAUCGUGUUUGGUAUUGAUCCCCAUGCAGGUGAGCAGAGCAUUUCCAGAAACCUAUUGCUCUGCUUAGCUUCCAGAGCAAGGAAACAUCUGUAUAUUCUGAGGUUUUCUGAUGAGUCCACCCAUCAGUGUAACUCAGUAGCUUGAAUGGGAUGCAUGAGGUCCUAGGUUCAUUCACUGGUGAUAGGAAAGCAAAACCUAAUUGAGGCCCUUCAGUGCAAGAGGAAAGAUAAAAAUGCAACAAAACUCUUGUCCUGUAGUUUCAGAAAAUGCUAACAAAAAGAUUACCCGUGGACACUGGAACUAACUGUGGAUCUGAUGCUGAAAGCAAAGUUGAAGAAGAAUAACAAAACAAUGUACACAUGACACACGCUGUGAAAAUACUGAAAUCACAAGGAUUGAAACUAUAGACAAAAACAAUACAAUAUAGUAAGCUAUAUCCUAUUUUAAAAACAGACUUCCAUUUUAAAUUGGUAAAUACAUUUAUGAAAAUUAAAUGUAUUUACAAGGAUAAAGGCUAAAAACAUACCAGGCUCCAAAGAGAAAAUAUUGGCCCACCCAGUACCUAGCAGCACCAGCCAUUAAUGUAAGCAGAGGUUCAGUAUGGUUUCUUAUGGGAGAGAGACAGACAGACAGAAUUGUAACACACACACACACACACACACACACACACACACACACACACACACACACACACAUAAAGACCCAGAGACUCAUAUUGAGGUUCAAACUUCAAGCUGAAGAUCAGAAAAGCAAAGCAGUCAGCCACGCUGAAAAGGCUGAUCCACAGAGGAGCUCUUUACCAACUCUCAAACUGCUGCUCUCCUCAGUGUGGCUGGAGAAUGAAUGCCUCUCUGAAACCAAGCUUCUGUCUUACAUACUUCCCUAAUGUUGGGAUUAAAGGUGUAAGCUAUAA